GCUCUCCGGCUCUUUGGCUUUAGGCUGUGGAUCCCGCCAGGACCGCCCUCCGCACAUCGCACCGGGACCCCCGUCGCCCCCGCGCCCUCUGCCCUCCAGCCCGGGCCGCAGACCCUCAUCGCCAUCUCUGGUCUACAGCAGCUUCUAAGACAAGAUGCCGUCGGGCUUCCAACAGAUCGGCUCAGAAGAUGGGGAACCCCCUCAGCAGCGAGUCACAGGGACCCUGGUCCUUGCUGUAUUUUCUGCAGUGCUUGGCUCCCUGCAGUUUGGCUACAACAUUGGGGUUAUCAAUGCCCCACAGAAGGUGAUUGAACAGAGCUACAACGAGACGUGGCUGGGGAGGCAGGGGCCUGAGGGACCUGGCUCCAUCCCACCCAGUACCCUCACCACCCUCUGGGCUCUCUCCGUGGCCAUCUUUUCUGUGGGCGGCAUGAUCUCCUCCUUCCUCAUUGGCAUCAUCUCUCAGUGGCUGGGAAGGAAGAGGGCUAUGAUGGUCAACAACAUCCUGGCAGUGCUGGGGGGCACCCUUAUGGGCUUGGCCAAUGCCGCUUCUUCCUAUGAGAUGCUCAUUCUUGGACGGUUCCUCAUUGGCGCCUACUCAGGGCUGACAUCGGGGCUGGUGCCCAUGUACGUGGGGGAGAUCGCCCCCACUCAUCUGCGGGGUGCCUUGGGGACACUCAACCAACUGGCCAUCGUCAUAGGCAUUCUGAUUGCCCAGGUGCUGGGCUUGGAGUCCCUGCUGGGCACUGCCACCCUAUGGCCACUACUCCUGGGCAUCACAGUGCUGCCUGCCCUCUUGCAGCUGAUCCUGUUGCCCUUCUGUCCAGAAAGCCCCCGCUACCUCUACAUUAUCCGAAACCUGGAGGGACCUGCCAGAAAAAGUCUGAAGCGCCUGACAGGCUGGGCUGAUGUGUCUGGAGCACUAGCUGAGCUGAAGGAGGAGAAGCGCAAGCUGGAGCGUGAGCGUCCCCUGUCCCUUCUCCAACUGCUGGGCAGCCGUACCCAUCGACAGCCCCUAAUCAUUGCAAUCGUGCUGCAGCUGAGUCAGCAGCUCUCAGGCAUCAAUGCCGUUUUCUAUUAUUCAACCAGCAUCUUUGAGACAGCGGGAGUAGGGCAGCCAGCCUAUGCUACCAUAGGAGCUGGUGUGGUCAACACAGUCUUCACCUUGGCCUCGGUGUUCUUGGUAGAACGGGCCGGGCGCCGGACUCUUCAUCUGCUAGGCUUGGCAGGAAUGUGUGGCUGUGCCAUCUUGAUGACGGUGGCUCUGCUUCUGCUGGAGCGGGUUCCAGCCAUGAGCUACGUCUCCAUUGUGGCCAUCUUUGGCUUUGUGGCAUUCUUUGAGAUUGGUCCAGGCCCCAUUCCCUGGUUCAUCGUGGCGGAGCUUUUCAGCCAGGGCCCCCGUCCGGCAGCCAUGGCUCUGGCUGGUUUCUCCAACUGGACGUGCAACUUCAUCAUUGGCAUGGGUUUCCAGUAUGUUGCGGAUGCUAUGGGUCCCUACGUCUUCCUUCUUUUUGCGGUCCUCCUGCUUGGCUUCUUCAUCUUCACCUUCUUAAAAGUACCUGAGACCCGAGGCCGGACAUUUGACCAGAUCUCAGCAGCCUUCCGUCGGACACCCUCUCUUUUAGAGCAGGAGGUGAAACCCAGCACGGAACUUGAGUACUUAGGGCCAGACGAGAAUGACUGAGGGGCCAGACCUGGGUGGGAGACCACAUUCUCUACCUCCCAAAGACCCCUCCUUUCCUCUGCAGCACUUUAACCUUCUCUUCCCCAUUAUUUCCAGGCUAGAGAAAAUACCUACUGCCUGAUAGAAUUGGGAAGUUGAAGGGAAGGGUGGUCUGAGCACCCCCUCAUUCCCCGUGUGUGACUCUUGGAUUAUUUAUGUGUUGUGGCCAUAAGGGUGGGCCAUUCUCCCCUCUCCUGUCUUUCUUCCAUAGUCUACCCCUACUCGCCUCAGUUCCAGAAUGCUCCCCAACUCCCAUCCAAACUAGGAGAGGUUUAGACUGACUUUUUAGUGGGCUGAAAUGAAGCCAAAAGCAGGACAGAAGUCGUUUCCUGCCACCUUGGACUCCUCUCACUAUCUGGCAAUUUCACUAAAUUCUUGCUACACAGACUCUGGGUGAAGGGGGCUCUGUCUUGACCCCUCCAGGGCAAAGGACAUGCCCUCCUAAGCACUAACCUCUCCUCUCUCUGGACCUUCCAGGGCAAGGGGAAACACAUGCCCGUAUGUGAUGAGGGAAAGAGAAGGCUACCACUUCUAGACUUAGGGCUAUGAGCCCGACCCCAACUGCUUCCCAAGGCUACUGAGGGGUCCCUAGCUCUUUCUGCUCCCUCUCCCAUUCUGAAAGGGUAUUAUAUCCACAGGAUUUUGCCCAGCUAAGGGAAAGAGGGAAAAUUGCCUGUAAACACUGGGGUGGAAGAAGCUGUCAGGUAUUUUUGUAUAUGUUUGAAAAGAGACAGGAAG